CCUUAACCAUCCCUUGCACCCCAAGAAAGCCGUCUCAACAUAAACCUGUCCUCUCUUUCAAACCCCUCCCUCACUAAACUCUACUAUCACAGUCAUUUAUCUCACUUGAUUCAGGCUCCAUCAAAAUGUCAGCGCGAGGCCUGGGCUCCACAUCGCCCGACCCGGGCGCGUCAUCUCACGACCAACUCCCGCUGAUGGAUCUCGUAGACGGAGAAGAGGCGCGUGGGAGAAGCCAUCCCGAUGGAGCAACUGGUGCUGCGGCUGAUCUAAUGAGGAGACUUGGUGUUUCGCCCGAGAGGAGGAUUAAAGUUACGCCUGAGGAUGAUGCGCGCGUGUUGAGGCGGAUUGAUAAGGUUGUUCUGCCUCUCAUGCUAGCCGUCUAUUUCUUACAAGGCCUUGACAAAGCUACAAUCGCAUACGCCUCCAUCUUCGGCCUCAUAGAAGACACAAACCUCAAAGGCAAUCAAUUCUCAUGGCUUAGCUCAAUAGUCUACGUCGCCCAACUCAUCGCGCAAUUCCCCCUAGCAUGGCUUCUCGUCAAACUCCCUAUUGGAAAAUUCACAAGCUGCAUGGUCACCCUCUGGGGCCUUACCCUUACAUUUAUGGCGGCAGCACAUACCUUUCGUAGUCUGCUCUUUGCGCGUUUUUGGCUAGGUGCUUUUGAGGCUAGUAUUGCGCCGAGCUUUGUGGCUAUUACGCAGAUGUUUUGGAGGAGGAGGGAGCAGCCGCUGAGGAUGUCGUAUUGGUAUGCUAUGAAUGGCUUCACUGGUGUUUUUGGCAGUUUGGCGACGUGGUGGCUUGCGCAGUUGCCGUUUGGACUAAAACCAUACCAGACCAUCUUUGUUGCCUUUGGAAUCAUCACAGUCUGCUUCUCUACCGUCUUAUUCUCAUAUAUGCCCGACUCGCCAGCAGAGGCCAAAUUUCUCGACAAGCACGAUAAACUCAUCGCCAUUGAACGGUUGAGGAUGAAUCAGACUGGCGUCAUGUCUCGUCAAUGGCGGUGGGAUCAUUUCUGGGAGACCAUCCGAGAUUUGAAGACUUGGCUCUGGUUCUCUCUUAUCUUCAGCAUUUCAGUACCCUCUGGUGGCGUUGGUUCUUUUGGGCCUCUCCUCAUCAAAUCAUUUGGCUUCGAUUCUUUCCAGGCGAUUCUCUUCAAUGCCCCGUUUGGUGUUGUUCAGUUCAUCUCUACAGUUGGAGGCUCUUAUGUCGCGACAAAGUACCAUAAGAAGGGUCCGGUCAUUGCCUUUUUGGCUCUUUUCCCAAUUGUUGGCUGCAUGAUCAUGCUCUCAACGCCGCAUACACCUGAUGGCAGGAAUACUCUGCUGGGAGGCUAUUACAUGAUAUCUGUCUUUCCGGGCAUCAUUCCUCUGAUAUACUCAUGGUCUUCCUCAAAUACUGCCGGCGACACCAAAGGCAAAUGCAACUCUUCAGUACUCUUUAUCGGCCAAUCCCUCGGAAAUAUCAUCGGCCCUCUUCUCUACAAACCAUCAGAGGCGCCCGAGUACCAUCGAGGGCUGUACUGGAAUCUGCUCCUUUACAUCGCAAUCGUUGGACUCGUCGUGGUUACGACUAUGUACCUGACCUAUCUCAACCGCGACCAUAGCCGCCGUCGCGUCAUGGCUGGAAAGGACGCGGUGAUUGUUGACUACAGCUUGUACUCACCCGAAGAAGCAGAUCGUCUUCGAAGGUCGAAAGUGACGGAAGGACAACAUAUCGAAAAUGCAAGGGAUGCGACGGUUGGAGAUCAUGCGUUUGAUGAUAUGACGGAUUUGAUGAACGACGAAUUUGUAUUUGUAUUCUAAAGCAAUUGGAAGACUUCCAGAUAUUCCUCUAGACUGUUUGCGAUAUUAUCUCCAUAGCACAGACAUCUCGAAAAAUCUAUCAAUACCUUCUGUAGAC